CUCUUCAGACAUUACAUAAUGAUCAGAGCGGAGAUUCCGAACUUCUCAAACCUCCGCCCACUUCCUCAAACUUUACAUGCGCACACAUACACACAGUAUACAUGCACACACACAUAUAUACACACACACACUGUGUAGGGACGGGUAUUGUGUCUCCGUUAUCUCUAAGGACCGUAAAAGCGCUGGGAUGCUGAACCGGAUCGCGGCUCUGCCCUUCCUCGUGCUCGCGGUGAGCUGCGCGAGCGCUGCACGGCUUCCUCUCGUAGAAACUCCAAACGACCGGCCGGUGAUCGGUAUUUUGACUCAGGAGGUUAAUGACUCUAGUCUGCGUCUGUACGGACGUACCUACAUACCCUCGUCUUACGUGAAGUACAUCGAGUCAGGUGGAGCGCGUGUGAUUCCCAUCAGACUGAAUCAGACCAGAGAAGAGCACGAAAAGAUCUUCCGUUCAGUCAACGGGCUUAUAUUUAUCGGUGGUGCAGUGGAUCUGGAAACGUCUGACUUCGCCCACACCGCCGGACUUUACUUCAGACUCGCACUUCAGGCCAACAACGAGGGUGACUACUUCCCAAUCUGGGGGACAUGUAUGGGCUUCCAGCUGCUCACGGUACAGGUGGCAGGAGAGAACCUGCUGAGCAAAACCAUGGCAGAAAAUAUCUCAAUGCCCUUAAACCUCACCUCAGAGGCCCAGUCUAGCCGCAUGUUUGCGAGUUUUCCUCCCGAGCUGUUCAAGGCACUAUCAGAGGAACCACUCACUGGAAACUUCCACCAUUACGGCAUUACAGAGCAGGUAUUUGUAGGAAAUGAGAAACUGAGUAGCUUCUUCACUAUAUUAUCCACUAACAAGGCAGAGAACGGAGCUGUGUUCGUCUCCACUAUGGAAGGGAAAAAGUACCCGUUCUAUGGUGUUCAGUGGCAUCCAGAAGUGAACCGUUUCCAGUGGGACCCUCACUACAGUUUUCCUCAUUCCAAAAACGCUGUCCAAGUGUCUUCACUACUGGCACAGUUUCUUGUGAAUGAAGGAAGGAGAAGCUCUCACCACUUCAGUCAGCCAGAGGAGGAGACACGAGCCCUUAUAUACAAUUAUAAUCCUGUUUAUACAGCAAACUUUAGUUCAUAUGAGCAAGUUUACUUCUUCUAACUCAGUCCUCAGUCUCAUUUUUAUAUGUGUGGCUGUUCUUUUGGGGGUUUAUUACUGAAAUGGUUUUCAUUUUUAAUUGCAUUAAAAGAAAAUCAGGAUGCUGUUAUGUCUUUAAAUGAAGAGUUAAUGAGAUCUAUAUCCAUAUAAUAAA